CUGACAGUUUUCACACCUACGGAAACCCCACACCUGUCACUACAAUCAUGGCCCAUUACAGAGCUCCGGAAGCGAAGCGAGAGCAGUUCAGAAGAUACUUGGAGAAAUCGGGAGUAUUGGACACUUUAACAAGUGUUCUCGUGGCACUUUAUGAGGAAACUGACAAACCCAACAAUGCACUAGACUUCAUAAAGCUUCACCUCGGUGCAGCUGGUCCAGAGCCAGCAGACUCUGAGACUCUUCGCUCGGAGCUGGCUGAUCUUCAGCAGAAGUGCAACCUGCUCAUGGAGGAGAACAAAGAGCUGAGGAACAAGCUGAUGCAGUAUGAACCGUCGCCUGCGGAGUAAAGAAGUGGAGUUUUGUCAAAUAUAUUUGUGUAAAUUAGAAAAACGUGAAACCGUAGCCGUUUUUGUUGAGUACGUAAUGUUUUUUGUUACAGUCAUGGUCGUACGGUGAACACAAAGUGUCAUUUUUUGUUUUGCAACAAGAAUAAUCUUUUUUUUUUCCAGCAUUUGGUGUCUGGUGUCUGCCUGUUUAUGAGACAUUCUUCCUUAAAACAUGGUUCAUCUGAAAUACAGACAAUAAAAAAAACAGAGAUUGGUCUGUAACAUUUUAA